AUGUCUGCACCGCAACCAAGAAGAGGGCGAGCACGUGGUCGAUCAACCGUACAUUCAAUCGAACCUCCACCACCUUCAAUUACCCCAUCUAUUGAUGUCUCAGCUGCUACAACACCACCUACACUUGAUACACCAUCAUCUUCUAGCACUCCUAUCACCAAUAUAUCAGUGACAACAACAACCACAACAACUGAUGAGAGUAGAGAUGAUACAGAAAUUUCAUCGGCUUCGAGUACUUGCCAACCAUCGAUAGCUACUCCAUCGACUGGCACUAGUGUUCGAGGUCGUGGUAGACCUAUCAAACAAAACGUUGUACCAAAAGAUGUUGUGCCAGAAGAUCCUUAUUGGACUGUCACCAACUUGACCAAUGCACAAUUCCAUUCAAAUAUUCGACCAACAAAACCCGAUGAACUAGGAACACUUGGAAAACAAAUACAAGUCAUCGUCAACUAUUUUCCNAUUUUUAAAGAAUGUUUUGCAUCUAUAUUUCGUCUUCAUACAGAAACAGUUAAUAUAUGGACACAUUUAUUGGGUACAUUAUUUUUUAUUAUAAUGGCUAUUUAUUUUACUUCUCGACCAUCGAGUGAAAUUCAUAUUGAACAAAAAUUAAUUUUUGCUGCAUUUUUUCUUGGAGCUAUUCUUUGUUUAUUAUGUUCAACAUUAUAUCAUACACUUUAUUGUCAUUCACCGGAAAUUUCUAAAUUUUUCAGCAAACUUGAUUAUUGUGGAAUAGCAUUUUUAAUUAUUGGAUCAAUUAUUCCAUUACUUUAUUAUCAAUUUUAUUGUGAAUUUGGUACUAAAGUGGCUUAUUUAACAUUUAUUGGUAUAUUAGGUCUUGGAUGCAUAGUUGUUUCAAUGUGGGAUAAAUUUUCUGCUUCUCGCUAUCGUGUCUAUCGAGCCUUACUGUUUAUUACAUUUGGGGUAUUCGGCUUUAUUCCAACUUGUCAUUAUAUGAUUCAAUUCGGGAUUGAACAUGCUUUUACAGUUGGUGCCAUACAUUAUUUGCUCUUAGUCGCUGCACUUUAUCUUAUUGGUGCUUGUCUUUAUGCUGCACGAAUACCUGAACGAUUAGCUCCAGGGCUUUUUGAUAUUUGGUUCCAAAGUCAUCAACUCUUCCAUGUAUUUGUUGUGAUUGCAGCGUGUGUUCAUUAUUAUGGUAUAUGUGUAUUAUCACACAAUCAAAAGCAUUUUUUUGGUGAUUGUCGAAAUAUUUUAAAUCCAAAUGCAGUGCCAAUAGCUUCAAUAAUCAGUUAA